GAGGGGAGGUGCAUGCAUGAUACUUUGUUUUUAAUUUUUUCUUUUGUUAAAUUAAGUAGCUAUUAGCGCUUUUAACUCUACAAAAUGUUUCAUAAUGAACUAUAAAUAGCUGUUGGACUGUGCUAAAAGAAUAUUUGAAAGCUCUUACAUUAUUAAAGAGCUUGGGCUUUGGCUAAGGCACUAAAAGAGGGUUUAAGAGAUUUGGAUGCUUUUUUUAUUAUCCCAGUUUCCUGUGAGGGUGAAGCUGUCCAGCCAUCAGCCAGAGGGGUUUUUCCGUGUCCCUCCUGUGCCGUGCUCAGCGGUGCAUAGGACACGAUGGAGACGCGCCCGGCAAUUACUUGGCGGCCGCCUCGGCCCCCAGCAGGUGCGGUCACUGACCUGUAAAGAGGAAAAGAAAGCCGAGUGAUCCGCUGCCUGCAGAGGCGCCCUCGCGAGCGCCCCGCUAAGCAUCGCUGGGGCGGGUUCCCGGGCCGGGUGCGGCGUGUGCAGCCCCGGCAGAGGAGCCGCUGUCCCGGCCCGCCCGUCUCCGCCCGCCCGGUGCCCGUCUGGAGGGACCGGGCCGGGCCGGGCCGACCGCACCACAUCCCUUCCCCGGCGGGCCGCGGGGCGGCGCUCCCUCCCCACACUCCCCGCAGGAAUGGUUUGGCCUCCCCUCGGUGCCCGCUUGGCCCCUCCCACUCCGAGCAGCUCCGGGGGGAGCGGGCGGAGCGACGCGAGUCAGCUGACUCCGUGCGGCGGGGCCGGGGUCGGGGCCAUGUCGCGGCGGGAGCGGGGCCCGGAGCCGGAGACAGGGCCGGGCGGUGCCGAGGCGGCUGCGGAGGAUGCGGAGCCUGCGGAGCCAGAGAGUCCCGACCAGUGUCUGUCGCUGCUGCCCUGGGACCGCUUCUCAGCCUGGCUGCACUGCGUGUGCGUGGUGGGCUUCGACCUGGAGCUGGGCCAGGCCGUGGAGGUGAUAUAUCCUCCACAUUCCAAACUCACAGAUAAAGAGAAAACCAAUAUUUGCUAUUUGUCUUUUCCAGAUUCUAAUUCAGGUUGUCUUGGGGACACACAAUUUUGUUUUAGAUUCCGACGGUCUCCUGGAAGGAAAGUCUCAUUGUGUUGUUUUCUGGACCAAUUGGAUAGAGAUCUACCAGUUUACUUAAAGAAAGAUUCAGCAUAUUACUAUGGCUAUGUGUAUUUCAGACAAGUUCGAGACAAAUCAUUAAAAAGAGGCUAUUUCCAGAAGUCGCUGGUCCUCAUCAGCAAGCUGCCUUAUGUCCAUCUCUUUCGUACCAUGCUUAAGCAAAUAGCACCAGAAUAUUUUGAAAAAAGUGAAGCUUUCCUGGAAGCAGUUUGUAGUGACAUUGAUCAUUGGCCACCACCAGUUCCAGGGAAAGUACUGCAGUUGCCUAUUAUGGGUCUUAUAAUGAAGUUGCGGAUUCCAACAUAUCGUGACAAGCCUGGAACAGCACCGAUAGUACAGAAUAUGCACCAGGCAGAUGCUCUGAUCUCCAUGGCUUUACCGACUGUUCAUGAAGUAGAUCUUUUCAGGUGUUUCUGUCCAGUGUUCUUUCACAUUCAGAUGCUUUGGGAGCUGGUGCUGCUGGGAGAACCACUUGUUGUGAUGGCACCAUCACCAGCAGAGUCUUCAGAAACUGUGUUGGCCCUUGUUAGCUGUAUUUCACCACUGAAGUACUGCAGUGAUUUCAGGCCAUACUUCACCAUCCAUGACAGUGAAUUCAAGGAAUACACAACUCGCACACAAGCCCCGCCAUCUGUCAUUCUAGGGGUGACAAAUCCCUUUUUUGCUAAAACACUUCAGCACUGGCCUCACAUUAUCCGAAUUGGAGAUAUCAAACUUCCAGGUGAAGUUCCAAAGCAGGUGAAAGUGAAAAAACUGAAGAACCUAAAAACUUUGGACUCCAAACCUGGUGUUUAUACCUCUUACAAGCCAUACUUGAACAAAGAUGAAGAAAUCGUUAAGCAGUUGCAAAAGGGAGUACAACAGAAACGUCCCACAGAAGCACAGAGUGUGAUCCUUCGGCGGUAUUUCUUGGAAUUGACGGAAAGUUUCAUUAUUCCAUUAGAACGUUAUGUGGCAAGCCUAAUGCCUUUGCAGAAAUGCAUAUCACCUUGGAAGAGCCCACCACAGCUGAGGCAGUUUAGCCAAGACGAUUUCAUGAAGACAUUGGAAAAAGCAGGACCACAGCUCACCUCAGGUUUAAAGGGAGAUUGGAUAGGACUUUACAGGCAUUUUUUGAAAUCACCAAACUUUGAUGGUUGGUUUAGGAGCCGGCAGAAAGAAAUGACACAGAAGUUAGAGGCCCUUCAUUUAGAAGCACUCUGUAAUGAGAACUUGGUUUUCUGGAGUCAGAAGCAUACUGAGGUAGAAACAGUGGAUCUUGUCUUAAAGUUAAAAAAUAAACUGUUACAGGCUGACAGAGAACAUCUUCCUGUGAAAACUGACACGCUGAAAAAGCUGCAGACACACAUCAAUGAUAUUAUACUGGCACUGCCAGAUGACUUACAGGACAUCUUGCUCAAAACUGGCACAACAUGAUUCCUACAGGGCUUUUUUGGUGCCAAAAACCAAAAGGCAAGUAGUCUCAAAGAAGACAGUGGCUUACCAAGUUUGGAACACAGCUCUAAACCAGUACAUUAACACUACAAAUGGACUGUACUAAUAGCAAAGCCCACUAUAGCAUUUUCACUGCUUUUUCCACUUCAAUACCAAUGCAACUAAAGGGAUUCUUGUGUCUAAUACCUUCUGAAAUAAGUGCUCUUAAAGAAUAAUCUGUGGGCAUAUGAAGCUGUGCCACAGUAUAGGACUACAGUGCAGUGCUGGCAUUGCAGAAUGUUUUCCAAUUGGUGCUGCUAUACCAGUCCUACUCAGGGGUAGGCAAUAUUGAUCCUGUACUGUCCUGUUGAUGUAGUAUCUGAUUCUUUUUCUUUGUUUUUUACUUUUAGUUUUUAGCUAGUGGUAAGUCCAACUGACAUAUUGGUGAUUUGGUCAGAAUGCCUUAUAAUUUGAGGUAUUUUACUGGUAAAUCACAGCUUUUAAAAAUGUUUCAGGAACAACUGAAAUUAUCAGAUCCAUUCUUAACUUUCUGCAUUUCUCCUUCUUACCAUCUUUACAAAAUGAUACUGAUUUAGCAUUUUUAAAGAUGAAGAAAAGGCAGCUGACAAAAAUUUCCUGAAGGGAAGUCUCUUCCACUCAAUGUCAGUUAUCAGGGUGCUCUUACAUGCCUUAAAGUGAUUGUAUACUAAUAUAUGAUUUUAAACUGCUGAUAUCCAGGAUUUCAACUAGAUGACUUAUAUAAAUGCAAGCAUGCAUGUUCAUCACAGGAAAUAAACACUGUGGUGUUCUAACAGGGAUUUUAAAAUCAGUGAUUUUGGUAGAGUUAGCUAAUACACAAUCUCUUUCAGUUGGAGAUCAUACCAGUCAGCUCCAGUUAAAUUUUUUAACUUUAUUAUUUUUAGCUUACCCAGUCAGGUGUUUGAGUAGGUGAUGAGGCUGGAGGGAGAAAAUGUUGGCUUCAGCUGAAAAAUGCCUCUAGACAGGUCAGACUGACAAAAAAAAGAUUGUAGCAUUAAAUUAUGCUCAAUAUGUGCAUACAGCAGACAUGCAUAAAGACUAAUUUCCUUUUGCAUAUUAAGCAAAAUGAAUGGAAUGUUUCAUCUUCUUGAACAAGUUUCAGUGAUAUAUAAUAACUCAGCUGCUCCACAUGCAGUGUUGUACUUUGACCAGUUUCAAGUAGAGUAAACAUAAUGCUAUAGUGUACACACAGCAUAUACUUUUAUAUGUCAAGUGGAUCACAAUUAUUUAAAAAAACCAAACCACUCUGCUUUUAAGUGCUUGGAUAGAAUUUUUUUUUUCUUUUUAAAUCUUAUGACAUAAUCCUGCUAUAAGAAUAUGCUUUUGUAUAACAAAUAUUUCAUACCAUCUUUCUAAAAAUAUCUUAUUUAGAUAUAAAGUGUCACAACAGUAUUUUUAUGAAAAUAAUGUAUUUUAAUACAUGUUUUGUAUACAAUAACUCAUGACCAAAAGUUUAAUGUAUCUAUUAUGUUACUGAAACUAUACCACUUCAGCAUUAAUUGCUAACUUGCAAAUUUUUUUUUCUUUUUGCACACCCUGAUGAAAAGAAUUUCUAAUACAGAAAUUGUUAAGUGGCCAUUCAUACCCUAAAUUAUCUUAACUAUUUAACCUGGAGCACUGUCAUUUCUUGGAACCAUGUAAACUGGUAACAACUAUGAUAACUAGCACAUGACUGCAAAAUGUAUUUUUUUAAACAAAAAUAAAGAGUUUGAUUUUU